AGGGUGGGCGGGGACAAAAAAAAGGAGAGAGAGAGAUUGCUGUGGUUGUCGGGCCGGGUUGGGGUUUCUCAUGACAAAAGUUCUGCGCCGAGGGCGGCCGGGGAGCGCGCAUCCUUCGUGGCCGGCAGUUUCUUUCCACUUGGGACUUCCUUCAUGCUGACAUGGUAACGACAGGUUGGCUUUCACCAACAGGUGAACGGAGAAAUUUGGACAAAAGAGCUUUCCUCAGCCUGGUGUGCCCUCCAGUGUUUUGAAUUCACUCCCAUCUGCCCCCGUCAGCAUGACCAACAGUCAAGAAUGAAAGAAGUUGUAGUCUGAAGCUUUUGGAGGAUAACAGAUUGGAGAAAGGCGACUAAGAAGGCUAGCAGGAACAGCCUGAUAGGGGCCCUUUUCCAGACAGACGUGGAUGAUGCCAGAGCUAUGACAGGGACUGCAGUCUGGGCACUGAAGGGUGGUGAUCAGUUAUGCAACAGCCAAAGGAGGAAGUACCUGAGGUCAGGGAAGAGGAGGAGGAAGAGGAAGAGGCACUGACGGCAGUAGGUGGAACCUCAGACCCAAAUGAAGGACCAGAUAAUUCAGCACCUUCUAUCAGCUACACAGAUCUUUCCCAGAGUUCUUCACCUUCUCUGUCAGACCAACUCCAAAUGGGCUGUGAUGAGGCAACCUCAGGAAGUCUGAAUGUAGAGUGCAGGGUCUGUGGUGAUAAGGCAUCGGGGUUCCACUAUGGAGUGCAUGCAUGUGAGGGUUGCAAGGGCUUCUUUCGUCGAACAAUCCGUAUGAAACUGGAGUACGAGAGGUGUGAGCGGAGCUGUAAAAUUCAGAAGAAGAACCGAAACAAGUGCCAGUACUGCCGCUUUCAGAAAUGCCUCUCCCUGGGCAUGUCGCACAACGCCAUUCGUUUCGGCCGCAUGCCUGAAGCUGAGAAAAGGAAGCUAGUGGCAGGACUGACAGCAAGUGAGAUCACCUGUCAGAACCAGCAAGUAGCUGACCUGAAAGUAUUUUCCAAGCACAUCUACAACGCCUACCUGAAAAAUUUCAACAUGACCAAAAAGAAGGCACGAGGCAUCCUGACUGGGAAAGCCAGCAGCACUCCACCUUUUGUGAUUCAUGACAUGGAUACCCUGUGGCAAGCGGAAAAGGGUCUCGUGUGGAAGCAGCUGGUGAAUGGGAUACCACCAUCCAAGGAGAUUGGCGUCCACGUUUUUUACCGCUGCCAGUGCACGUCCGUGGAGACUGUGCGGGAGCUCACAGAAUUUGCCAAGAGCAUCCCUAGCUUCAUUAGCUUGUACCUUAAUGACCAAGUGACUCUGCUGAAAUACGGGGUGCACGAGGCCAUCUUUGCAAUGCUGGCCUCCAUUAUGAACAAAGAUGGACUCCUGGUGGCCAAUGGGAAUGGCUUUGUGACGCGCGAGUUCCUGCGCAGCUUGCGAAAGCCCUUCAGUGAAAUCAUGGAGCCCAAAUUUGAGUUUGCUGUGAAGUUCAACGCCCUGGAGCUGGAUGACAGUGACCUGUCUCUGUUUGUAGCUGCCAUCAUCCUGUGUGGAGACCGUCCUGGCCUGAUGAACGUUAAACAGGUAGAGGAGAUUCAAGACAAUAUCCUCCAGGCCCUCGAGUUCCACUUGCAGGCCAACCACCCAGACACUCAAUACCUCUUCCCUAAGCUGCUGCAGAAAAUGGCUGACUUGCGACAGUUGGUGACUGAGCAUGCGCAGCUGGUGCAGAAGAUCAAAAAGACAGAGACGGAGACUUCUCUGCACCCACUCUUGCAGGAAAUCUACAAGGACAUGUACUGAGGAGCCUAUAUUUAAGAGAUAGGUUAAAGCCAUGGAAUCCAGCAAAAUGCUUUGUACAUUAGCAAAGAAAUCCCCUGUGUCUUCCAUUCCUUCUACUGUAAUUGCUUUUUUCUAUAUGAUUGCUGCAUUCUGUACAUAGAGGGGAGGGGGUGUUGUACAGCAAAAGACUUGGCAUCUACCACAUGGUGGUAGAUCAGGGCUUCCGUUAACAUACACUAAGUGAAACUUAAAGGCACAUCAUAAGCUAAAUAUCUGUUGCUACAGUUCAGCUGUUACACUGUUCCAGAGCAGCUGAUGUGUUUACACGCAACCUCGCAAACGUGUUUGAACUGUGGGUUGGAUUCUGCGGUUGGACAACGCGGGUUUUGUCCAUCCAGUUAAAGCAAGCAGUAGCUUGGCUGGCAGGUACAGGAACAGCACUUGCAACAUAUAUCCGUUGUACAUUAUUUUUAUAUUGCACUCUGAAUUCUAGCUUGGCCCUCAGCCGUAAAUUCUAGGGUGUUACAAGGAAAGGGUGUGUGUGUGUUCAUGCGUGUGUGUGUCUGUGUAUACAUUUCCCAAAGAAACCUCCAAGUGUUUGAUGAAGGGUACGGACACUCCUUGUGGAGAUACUUUGCUUAUCUCCUUGGUGCACAAAAACAGAAAUGCCUUCUCCGUGAAAGGCCAUACCUCCUGUCCUCUGCAUUUCCCCCCCCUCUCCUCUCUCUCUCUCUCUCUCUCUUUCUCUCCUUUGGGUUCUUUUAUAGUGUAGCUUGUUGAAGCCCUUUAUGGGCAUGUGUGGCACUUUCAAGCUUACAGCAGAGAGAUGGCUUUCUUCUUCUGUUCCUUGCCCUGUGCUUCAGUGCUUGCCAAAUGAAGUUGAGCCUGAUGUCGUGGAACUUUUGCUCUCGGAUAGUACCUGCCAAAAGUCUAUUUGCUUCCUUCCAAGGUAGAUCCUGCACUUGAAUAAGCACUUGGGUGUCUCCUUAUCUGGGCUAGAUAUAAUGUGGAUUUUGCUUUUCAAAGGGCAGCCCAUGGACCACUGUGAGGUCACGACAAUACAAGGAUGUUAGUGAAGACAGUGAUGAUUGCUUUUGUUUUGCUGCACUUCCCCACCUCCUGCAUCCUGGUAUUCUCCAGACUGCCCAAAAGAGGCACCCUCUGGGGGUACCAAGUGCCCCCCAAUUUCCAAGGAGGGGCCAAGCCCCCUCAAUAUUCUGUGGCCUGCUGGAGACCCUGUCAGGCCUUCCUGCUGCUGCGACAGGCCCCAUAGGGCCUUCACGUGGCUACAACUGGCCCCGCUGGCCCUACCUGCGGCCUCCUCCCACCACACGUGAUGUUACACACGUGUUGCCCCUCCUAAAAUAAGUUAUGGCAGAAUCCGGUGCCUGUGCUGCCCAAAAUAUCUGAGGAAGACACUUUAUAUGUGAAUUGCAGUGCCAGAGGCACAUACGGCACUCUGCUGGUUCUGCCCAUUGUUUCUUACACCUUCGUAAUAAAAAAGUGAUAGAUAGCAAAAACCACAGCAUUUCAACGUCACCCCCUUCAACAUUUCCUCAUCAGAUUACCAAUUUUUACUGUAUUUUUAAAGGCCUUAUAUCAGAUUCUGGCUCCUUUUGAUUUCCUUGAGUUGGUCCUGCUUCAGCCUUAAGGAUCUCACCAGACACCUUUUGCAGUUGUCAGCUCGCUUUGAACACAGGUCUUCUUUGCUGGUCAGUUGCAGCAAAGUGGCAGCAGGGAAGUCAUUGUCACAUGUCUGUGUGAACAGUGUGAGACCAUUCUGCCUAGACAUGGAUGAUGCAUUGUGUGAGUUGUCAAGUUUCUUCCACCUGUGACUUCCAGUAUACUGUUCCCAGAUUAGCAUGAUGUUUGGGUAUGGCCUGCUAGCCUUGGCACUGAGGUACUGUGUUGUUGCUAUGUGGCCUUAGGCAAGUUUGCUUAUUUCUGCACAUUUCAAAUAGACAGUAUGCUUUCAUGAAGGGAGAGAACUUUCUGUCCAAACAAUCUUGACACAACAAACAGAAUGUAAUAAUUUACAACUUUGUGGUGACGGAUGUGUAGGUGGCACAAAAGUUUGUUUGACACUGCUAGUUGUCCAACCAUUUCAGCUCAAAUCAUGCAAUUUCCUUCUUUCUUUCCCUCCAUACAGAAAUUUUAGCAUUUUGUCUUCAUUUUCUAGAUUUGGGUGCAGAGAACUCUAAAGACCAUUCACUAGAUGAUAGGGAUAUUUUAAAAGUCUGCUGCUGUAAAGUUUACCUAAUAUAUCUGUGGAAGGAGCAUAGCUCAGCAGAACACAUGCUUUGAAGGCAGAAGGUCCCAGAUUCAAUCCCAGGCAUCUCCAGUUAAAAGGUCAGGGCGUAGGUGAUGGGACUCGCCUCUGCCCAAUACCCUGGAGAGCUGCUGCAAGUCAGAGCAGACUAUGUUGGGCAUGAUGAGCAGAUGGGUUGAUCUUUCCGUGCUUUGUGUGUGUGACAUAUUUUUAAUUUGGAUUUCCCUUGACAGUCUUUGGAGAAGGGAAAUAAUAGUUACAAUAGUUCCUCUCUCUGAUGCUGUAGUUCCUGACGAGUUCCUGUCCUGCAACACUCCAUCUUCGGGAACUUGAUGAUGUGCAGUUUUUAGUGCCUAUGUAACCUGAAAGAGUAAGCCACAUACCUCUGAGAUUUUUCUCCACUCCAGCCACAGUAAAUGAGAAGAGAACCUCUUCCAUUGGGAAUUGUGGAGUGGAUUUGCUGAAGAAGAGAGCCUAAUCUGUGUGAAUUACCAACUCCAUUGCUUCAUGCCGAGAUUACUGUUUUUAUGUGUGCUUGCUUUCAGCAAUGCUGAAAUACAUGUCUUUGGGCUGGGACAGAACUUUGAGAACUUAAUUUUGUCCCAGCUGUGGCUUUUGGGGAGGCACUGUAGCUCAGGGGUAGGGCAAAUACUUUACCUACAAAAGGCUCUUGGUUCAAUCCCCAGCUGUCAGGCAAUGUAGGAAAGACUGAACAAGAUGGCUCUACCUAGGUAUAAGACAGCUCCCUGUGUUUCUGUUUUAAAGCCACAAAGCUCAGCUGUUCUGAACUACCAGUAGAAAUCUUUUACUGCAAUAACUCAUGAUUUAUCAUUUUGCACCCUUCAGAGAGUAGAUGCCUUUAACCCAUGAUAUUUCAUUUUGUACCCCUUACUGGAAAGAUGCCUUUAACCUAUGUGCAUUCCUUAUUAAGUAAGCAAAAAUGUAAAAUCAACAUCAUGGACAUUUUACUCGGCCACUCGUUUGCCUAGAGUUUGAUUAUAACCUUGCUAAUUUGCCACCAGCACUUUUUCAGACAGUACCAGAGUCUAGGCAAUUUUUGCCCUUGGAAUGCAAUCCAUAUACAUUGGUACCUCUGGUUACGAACUUAAUUUGUUCCGGAGGUCUGUUCUUAACCCGAAAUUGUUCUUAACCUGAAGCACCACUUUAGCUAAUGGGGCCUCCUGCUGCUGCCACACCACUGGUGCGUGACGACUUCUCGCAUCCCGGGAGCAUCUACUUCCAGGUUAGCGGAGCUCGUUACCUGAAGUGUUCAUAAGGAGGACUGUAUGCAACCCGGGGUUCCACUGUAGAAGGCUAGAAAAUAAGUUCAGUUUCUUAAGUGGUAAGUUCAGAUGAGUAUAGAAUUGUAGUCCAAGUGCUCAUGUGUUGUCUCUAAGCUCCUCUUCUACAUCUACCAGACAACAUUAAGGGUUGUAUCUAGCACUCUACAAGCAGAGUUCCACUCGGACAACAGCGCUUGAGUUUCUUUUUCUCUCCCUGCGUGUCCCCCAAAUCUGCUCCAGGGGGUCUCCCAACCCUCCAGAGGAGGGUGGAGGCAGGGGCUUUAGGGUGCAGAAGUUCAGUUACACUGGUGGAGCUCAGCUUUGGAUUCUGCACUUCAUCCUUUGAAUACAAAAUUACCUUUUGGUGAUGUUGGUCACAUGAUAGCAAAGGCAAGACCUAUUUAAGUAGCACCUAGAACAUCAACAUGGAAAACAGGACCUACUUCCAAGGCCCUAUGCACACAGGAAACGUCACCCAUCUUUGCCACAAAGCAAAAUGGCGGUGGUAGCAUUGCCGCAACCCAUCUCUCUUGCCAGUUGAAAACCACUGCCCUUCAAUGUUACAAUGUCUGACUCAUCUUCCCUUAGGCUGAUUAGUGCAGAAAAUUCUCAGACACAUAAGGUCCUGCAAGCACUCAUCUGAACCAUUUCGGAUCCUUUCUGUCUCAUAUACAAAGCAAACACUUACUGUGCUUUGAAACUCUUUCUUUUUGGCACAGUCUCUGUGUGGUUCCUGGGAUCAUAGUUGUCUGGAAACAAGAACUGUCCCCCCCCCCCCGCCACUUCCAAUAUCAGGGACCCUCAGUGCUUUAGCAACAAAUCCCAUUACAUAACUGCUUCCACCACCCUCAAAGUCCAUAAUAGUAAUAGGAUCCUUUGUGGUUUUCAACCUUAGGAUUGUUCACUACCUAGACAUGAUGGCUAAUACGCAGAAUUGGUCUGAAUCUUGUUAUUUUCCUUACGAGUGUAGGGAAGUAAGUUGCUUAAUCCUUGCAAUCUUCUUCCAGGGCUGCACUGAUGGACUGGCUGGUACUUGAUUUUGCUGUGCCUCUUUAUUUCCAGAUUGAAAUAACUGGUGUGUUUCAUCUCUGCCUCACAGGAAUGCUGUGAGGCUGGUGGAAUGUGUCUUAGUAAAGCAAUUUGGAGCCUUCAUGUAGCAGGAACCAGAGAUCACUGACAAGAAUAGUUUGUGAUUUUUAAUUUCACCUGCCCUAAACCCACCACCCUUGAAAGCCUCUUCACCUGCUUAUCUUGCUAUCCCUCAGGACUUGCUGGGCAUGUAUUUCCAGCACUUGAGGACUGCACACUCUCCUUUCUUUCUUUUUUUCUGGGAUGUUGUAGCAAUCCUGAAACUGAAAUGUAUAUUUUUGCUAGAAGUUCAACCUCCAGGUGUUUUUAAUAAUAUAAAUAGUGACUGACAAUUUUAAAUUGGAAAUAAAUAUUUAAGAAACUUUUA